UCCUUCCAUGAUUGGUUCUUCUCCUUGCUCUUCUUCUUUCUCCGGUUCUUGCUGCCUGAGGUAUUCUCUAAGCUCGCGGUCGGUUGUGGCCAUCUUCCUGAUGUACUCAUGGAUGUUCAUUGUCUCAUCCUGGACUGUGGUACUAACACUCACCGGUCCCCGGCCUCCAUCAUUUCGCUUAGCGUACACUCUCAGGGUGCUGGAUUUGUCUUGAGGUCAGUGGCUUCUAUCUCCUCCUUUUGCCAGCUUAUUAUCCCAGCUAGGUAUCUGAUCUUUGUAUCUGAUAGGGGGGGGAUAGAUCUUGAUAGCCUGGAUCUUGUUCUUACCAUUCAGCUGACUCCUCAGGACUUGCAUGACCCUCUGCAGGUAUUUGGUGAUUGCAGCUUUCCUAGCGGCACCUUCAUGGUUUCCAUUUGCCUGUGGGAUUCCCAGGUACUUAUUAUUGCCCUCAAUGUCUGCAAUUUUGCCUUCUGGAAGUGCGAUCCGCUCAGUUCUGACUACCUUCCCUCUCUUCGUUACAUCCGACUACACUUCUCCAGUCCGAAUGACAUUCCUAUGUCACUGCUGUAGAUCCUGGUGGUGUGGAUCAGUAAAUCGAUGUCCCAUGUACUCUUGGCAUACAGCUUUAUAUCAUCCCGCAUGUUGUUCGCCACAUCCCCAUUGAAUUCCUGAUGAAGGCUUUUAGGGUCCUGUUGAUCUUGUACAAUUUUAGGCAUUCCAGGAUCCACCUGUGGGGCACCAAGUGAUAGGCCUUCUUGUAAUCAAGCCAGGCAGUGCACAGGCUGGUCAGUCUGGUCAUCCAGUCUCGGGCGACUGCUCUGUCUACCAGCAGCUGGUGUUUUGCUCCUCUGGUAUUCCUGCCAAUUCCUUUCUGUGCCCUGCCCAUGUAUUGACCCAUGUGCCUAUUCAUCUUAGCCGCUAUGAUGGCUGACAGGGGUUUCUGGUACUGAGGCAGGUUAUUGGCCGGUAGUUGUACGGGACUGGUCCCUUCUGGGGUCCUUGGGGAUCAGGACUGUCCGGCCUUCAGUUAGGCAUUCUGGGUGUGUCUUGUAGAGUUGGAUGUCUCGAGACCGGUCUUUGGUCUUGGUCUUGUCUUGGUCUCAACGGACUUUGGUCUUGGUCUUGUCUUGGUCUCGGAUCCCUCGGUCUUGUCUUGGUCUCGCUGUCUUGGUCUUGCUGUCUCAGAUCAACAUAGUGGUCGGGAGAUUUGGAGUCAACAGUAUCCAUGACACACAACGUAACAUUCGAUAAUGUGUCAUGCGCAAAAGCAUCAGCUCUAAGAGCCGUGCUUAGAGAGUGCUUUGUAGUGAAUCAGAUGAGUCGACUCCCAUUGAGUGAGAGCCGGCUCCUCACUUAAUUUCCUUUCACUGCUCAGCUCUUACACAGUGGCACACAGUGGCUCAGCUAUGCUCAAAUCCCUCCAUAUUGUGGCAUAUUAUUAUUUCGCCUUUCACGCCCUUCAAACACAACAAAAUGCAACCUGUUAGAUUGAGCAGUAAGCCAGGUCAGUAAGUUACAGAAAUGUCAGCGACUUUGUCUGUCAUAAAGUUUGCGUUCACAGAACACAAAGAGUUUUCGGUAAAUGCAAAAAAGAAGCAUUCGGCAAAAUGCAGAUUUUGCAAAGUCUCCUUGACCGAGACAGCCGGGACUACCUCAACCUUCACCAGGCACCUGGAGCGCAAACACCCUCAAAGGUACUUGGAGUACAAAGCAGGAUCUGCAACAUCAGUGAUAGCGGUCAAUCCCACACAGCCUCAAAUAUCAUUGUUUGCUCCAAGCAUCCACUUAUUUUCCCCAAAUUCACCCAGGCAACAGGCUAUCACCCAGUCCAUCCUCCAGGACCUUAUAGUUGGAUGCUCUCUCCCCCUGUCUAUCGUUGAGAAUUCACAUUUUAGACACUUCCUGAAUGUCCUGGAUAGCAAAUACACUCCUGUGUCUAGGACCACCUUGACAGAGAAGCUGAUAUCUCACCUUGUCACUAAAGUGAAGGGUGACAUAAUCAAAGCCCUGGAAAUCCAGCCAAAUGUAGCAAUAACAACAGACCUCUGGUCUGACUGGAGGCUUCAGUCUUACCUGGGAGUUACCGCUCAUGUUGCCUGCAAGAACAAGGACUCUUACAGUUUACAAUCAUUUUUGCUUGACUGUAGGCGUUUCACAGGGAAGCACUGUGGCGAACGAAUCGCCUCAGCAUUUGACAACAUAGUUGAGGAGUAUGGCAUUGGGCAUAAAACAAGCUACAUUCUGAUGAAUAAUGCAUCCAAUAUGAAGCGAGCCUUUAAAGUCAGGAUGCCAGAAGUAGAGCACCCUGAAGGUGACAGCAGUGAUGACCUCGAUGAUGAAACAAUGUGGGAGGAUCAGAAGAUUCUGAUCCGUGGUCAACCGGUGAACGUCUUUCUUGCUUUGCCCACUCGCUGCAACUCGUAAUCAAUGAUGGGAUGAAAGAGGUAAAGGCAAUAGACUCUGUGCACCUUAUCAUAUGCUACUUCCGGUGGGGAAACUCCUGUAGGGCGCUUCGUUUCCGGUGUGAUAUUCGCUCCUUGUUUAUUGCCGGUUUUUCCAAAACAAGUCAACCAAAUGGAUGAAUCAAGUGGCGAUUUACAUUUCUUGAGAUGUCUUGGGCAUUUACGGAAUAUAUAUGUAGAUGCUGUUCAUAGACCUGUCGAUAUUUUUCCCCCGCGCCUCAGAGAAAAACAGAGAAAUGAUUCGAUUCAAAUUCUA